UGAGAAAGUUGCCAUUGGGGUAAAGCGAGGCUUGACGCUACAUUGUUGCGCUGAUAGUGGGAGUCGUUAUUUUCUAAACUAACAACAUUUUCCCCUUACGAAACCUUUCUUAGACUGAAGUAUUUUCUAAUCUCACGUUUCAUCGAGUACAGGCUAUUCUUCAGAUACGAAUAGUAAUUUAUGCUGAGCAUUCACCACAAGCUCCCACGGCAAGUCAAGUGGGAACUCUUCAUUACAAUUAACUUCUGUGGAUUUGUUCUAGUAGCCUACCCUUCUUCACUGAGCGCGUUGUGGUCUUGGCUCUGUUGACUACAACUGGAGUUUCGGAUAUUGCUGUGUGGACAGGAUCACACAGCCUACAACAGAGGACGACUACUCUUUUUUUCUCCUCUGGAUGACCCGUCUCCCUUGUUUUUACGGUUGAUACAUGGUCGUAUGCUGGAGUAAAGAAAGAGAAAGGUAAUCUUCCGCGCAUCAGUCGCCGGAGCACCGCUGUUGAGGAGUUGAACGGAGAUCUAGGAGGACAAACGGUCGGACGUUUUGUGUCAUUUUACGGCCAGUCUCGGAAGGACCUAGGAUGCAUUUAUCGUAAACUGGAGCAUCCCCACGCCGGUCCCUAUUUUGAUACCAGACGGUUUUUUAGGAAGAGGACAUCUGCGGAGGUAGAACGAUGUUCCCCCAGGGUCGACACCCGACGCCCCACCAGGCCCCGGGCCAACCUUUCAAAUUCACCAUUCCAGAGUCACUGGACCGCAUCAAAGAGGAGUUCCAGUUCCUCCAAGCCCAGUACCACAGUUUGAAACUGGAGUGUGAGAAGCUGGCCAGUGAGAAGACAGAGAUGCAGAGGCACUAUGUUAUGUACUAUGAAAUGUCUUACGGGCUGAACAUUGAAAUGCACAAACAGACAGAGAUUGCCAAGAGGCUCAACACCAUCUGUGCACAAGUCAUCCCCUUCCUCUCACAGGAGCACCAGCAGCAGGUGGUCCAGGCGGUAGAGAGAGCCAAGCAGGUCACCAUGGCUGAACUCAACGCCAUCAUUGGGGUACGGGGACUUCCCGGUCUACCACCCACUCAGCAGCACCUGUCCCACGCGCACGGCUCCCAUGUCCCCCUCACCCCCCACCCCGCGGGGCUCCACCAGGCCCAUUUGGGAGGGGCCAGUCUGCUCGCCCUGUCCAGUGCCCUGGGGGCGCCGCCGCCCCACCUGGCCAGCAAAGAGGACAAGAAACACCCAGUGGAGGUCGAGCACCUGAGAGAGCGAGAGCCAGGCACAAGUAAUACCCUGCUGGUUGCUGACAGUUUGCGGAACUCAGACAAGCGGCGCAACGGACCAGAAUUCUCCAACGACACCAAGAAGAGGAAAGUGGAGGACAAGGACUCCAGUCAUUAUGAUAGUGAUGGGGAGAAGAGUGAUGACAACCUGGUGGUGGAUGUCUCCAAUGAGGACCCUGCCUCCCCGCAUGGAACGCGCCUGCCAUCCCCCAGGGAGAAUGGGCUGGACAAGACACGCCUCCUGAAGAAGGACCCCUCCUGUAGCCCCGCCUCCACAGCCUCAUCUGCAAGCUCUUCCUCCCUCAAGUCCAAAGAGAUGGGAAUGCGUGAUAAGCCGGGUACGCCUGGGCUGAAGUCGAGCACGCCUACUCCCAGAGGAGACGCCACCCCAGGACCCAGCGCCACGCCCACUCUCCGACCAAGCCUAUCCAAGCCCCCCUCCAUGGACCUACCUCACCCACCUAUUCUUUUAACCCAUCUGACAACAGCUCCUGUGUACCCCUUAGCUGCUGGUCUGCGGACCCCGCUGGCGGUGCCAGGGUCGUACCCUGGGCCUUUCGGAAUGCUUCCCCACGCCGCCAUGAACGGGGAGCUGGCAGGCGCCGCAUACGCCGGCCUCCACAACAUGUCCCCCCAGAUGAGUGCUGCGGCUGCCGUCGCUGCGGCCGCGUACGGACGCUCCCCUAUGGUGGGCUUUGACCCUCAUCCUCACAUGAGAGUCCCUGGAAUGCCCCCCAGCUUAUCAGCCAUCCCUGGAGGCAAACCGGCCUACUCUUUCCACGUUAGCGCCGAUGGACAGAUGCAGCCGGUGCCCUUCCCUCCGGACGCCCUGGUGGGCCCGGGCAUCCCACGCCAUGCUCGCCAGAUCAACACUCUGAACCACGGCGAGGUGGUGUGUGCCGUCACCAUCAGUAAUCCCACGCGCCACGUCUACACGGGUGGCAAGGGCUGCGUCAAGGUCUGGGACAUCAGUCACCCUGGCAACAAGAGUCCCGUGUCCCAACUGGACUGCCUGAACCGAGACAACUACAUCCGCUCGUGCCGGCUGCUCCCCGACGGCCGGACGCUCAUUGUGGGGGGCGAGGCCAGCACGCUGUCAAUCUGGGACCUGGCGACGCCCACCCCGCGCAUCAAGGCGGAGCUGACCUCCUCUGCCCCUGCCUGCUACGCCCUGGCCAUCUCCCCCGACUCCAAGGUCUGCUUCUCCUGCUGCAGUGACGGGAACAUCGCCGUCUGGGACCUGCACAACCAGACCCUGGUUAGGCAGUUCCAGGGCCACACCGACGGAGCCAGCUGUAUUGACAUCUCCAACGAUGGGACCAAGCUGUGGACGGGGGGGCUGGACAACACUGUUCGAUCCUGGGACCUGAGGGAGGGACGCCAGCUGCAGCAGCACGACUUCACCUCACAGAUCUUCUCUCUGGGGUACUGUCCGACGGGAGAGUGGCUGGCAGUGGGGAUGGAGAGCAGUAACGUAGAGGUGCUCCAUGUCACCAAGCCAGACAAGUACCAGCUGCACCUCCACGAGAGCUGUGUGCUCUCCCUCCAGUUUGCCUCCUGUGGUAAAUGGUUUGUGAGCACAGGGAAGGAUAACCUGCUGAAUGCGUGGAGGACACCGUACGGAGCCAGUAUAUUCCAGUCGAAGGAGUCUUCGUCGGUGCUUAGCUGUGACAUCUCAGUCGAUGAUAAGUAUAUAGUUACAGGUUCUGGAGAUAAGAAGGCCACUGUCUAUGAAGUAAUCUACUAGACUGCACUAGUGAGCGGGUCGGCCACUGACAAACCAAAGUGGCUUUCUACUGUCCUACAUCUCCCCUGGGUCAGGGGAUCCUACAGAGCAUUCUAUAUAUGUGACCUUUCUACUGUCCUACAGCAGACCCUGGGUCAGUUGAUCCUACAGAACAUUCUAUAUGCAUUACCAUGGGCAGAGCCCCCAGAACAAUGACUGAUGGACAGACAGACAGCAAGACGGACCGAAACCUCAGAGAUGCCGAAUUAACAGCGUUGUAGUUUUUAUUUUGACAGACAAAGAAUGUGAAUGGCCUGGUGACCUCGACCCUUUGUGACCCCUAACCUCUGACCCCAGCCUGCUUUUCUGCCAGACAUGAGCCCCCACUCUGACCUUUCACCCUAGUACCGUGUCCCAUCCUACAUGUCCACUAUCGUGUGAUUAGUUCAGUUUUAUUCUCUUUGUUUUUUUGUUAUCGGUCGAGCGUUUGUAAAAAAGUGUAUAUAUUUCUUUUCUUACAGUAAAUGCUUUAGAAAUAACAGAAAUGUUUGGUAUGUCUUUUACAUGGAAAAAAAUCUAACCAGGAAAAACACUAAAUGGUCUUAAUGCUAGCUAAUAUAAAUCGAAUGAAAUUACUAGACAAUAAAUGUUCUUUGUUUCGAACAAACGUCUUUUCUCUGGCUUCCAAAGUAGUGAACUGUAUCGUUCUAGUUCUUAUAUUAGUAAGGUCAUGACCUUCCAUCCAACAGGCCCUAUAUU